UCGCCAGAGCGCGGGCAAUGCACCAUCCGAAAAAGAAGCCGUGAGUAUACUUGUUGCAUCGCUUCGCGCUAGCAUAGACCCGGUUUUCUCGUCCACCGAUUUCCUCGAAAUUGUCAAAUUGGUCAACAUACGUCAGACGGCACGAUGUUCGAGGCACGUUUGGUGCAAAGCGCGAUCCUGAAGAAGGUGUUGGACGCGGUGAAAGAUCUUUUGACUGAAGCUACGUUCGAAUGUUCCGACUCGGGAAUUCAGGUUCAGGCGAUGGACAGUGCGCACGUCUCGUUGGUCUCCUUAAAUCUCAGGAGUGACGGUUUCGACAAGUACCGUUGCGAUCGGAACCUCUCGAUGGGCAUGAGCAUCAGUUGCAUGUCAAAGAUUCUGCGAUGCGCCGGUGCAGAAGACACAGUGACUCUGAGAGCAUGGGACAAUCCUGAGUCUAUUACUUUUAUAUUUGAGUCGCCUAACAAGGACAAGCUCGCCGAAUAUGAGAUGAAACUUAUUAACAUGGAUCAAGAGCACCUUGGCAUACCUGAAACGUCGUACUCGUGUGUAAUCAAAAUGCCGUCUGGAGAAUUUUCACGCAUAUGCAGAGAUCUAAGCCAGUUCGGGGAAUCCAUAACUUUCGCUUGCAGCAAGGAAGGAAUAAAGUUCAGUGCCUCCGGUGAUUAUGGCUCGGCUAAUAUCAAAUUAGUGCAGAAUACGGACGCGGAUAAGGAGGAAGAAGCAGUAGUAAUUGACAUGCAAGAACCGUUGAAAUUAACAUUCGCUUGCCGUUACUUGAAUUGUUUCGUGAAAGCCGGCCCUCUAUGUAAUCAAGUUCAACUGUCUAUGUCCGAUGAUGUUCCUUUAGUAUGCGAAUACAAGAUCGGCGAUAUUGGACAUAUCAAGUAUUAUCUGGCGCCUAAAAUCGACGACGAGGAAGAAAAUUGAGAGAACGGCCGGGCGUGAAUUGAUGAGCGCGAGCGGUGACGUGGCAGACAGCGCAUCGGUCUGCUUAGAGAUUCCGGGUUCAAUUCCCGGCGGACAAAUUUUUUCAUACGCUUCCUCUUCGGUGGUCCGGAACCACCAAGAGUAUCUUCCAUGUCAUGGAAAAACUUCUGUGACAUUAUUUGAAAUAAAAUUUUGUCUAAUGCUUCUAA